AUGGAAAAAUCCGUACGUUCUGCAAAACCAAAAGUGACAAUUACUGGAAAAGUUCCGGAGAAAAAAGCGCAGCCAGCAACUGCAACAUCUAAAACCGAAGUAACAGCACCGCCACCAACGGAAGGAUUCCAAAUUCGAGAUGAAGUUGAAAUGUUACGUGCUGGAUUCAAAAAUCGACAUGGAGAAGCUGUCAAAUCGCAAGGAGUUGAAUCUAUGAAUAUUGAAUUGAAUUGA